AUGCAUCCACUCACUGCCCUCCUGCCUCUCUUCCUGGCCACUGGUGCCCACGCUGUGCUCAUGGUCCCCUCCCAAGCCGCCACCGGCGAACAACGUUGUGGACUGCAAGGUGACAACGAAAGGUGUCCUGACGGUCAGUGCUGCUCGCAGGCCGGCUUCUGCGGCACUGGCAAAGACUUUUGCUCUGUCCCUACGAACUGUCAACUUGGCUUUGGCUGGUGUGACUCUGAUGUGAAUCCCAGUGGUCCUAGCCUUUCCGGCGAAGAGCGAGCACAAGUGGGCGCAGUGCCGUACGGGAAACCCAUCACCAGUUGCACGAAGCCCGGUGUAAUUGCACUGACAUUUGACGAUGGUCCGUCGGACGAUACUGCAAAGCUACUUGACAUUCUCGUCAAGAGAAAUGCGAAGGCGACCUUCUUCGUUCCUGGCAUUGCCAACGGCAGAGGUCGGAUCGAUACAACCAAGGGGCGAAUGGAGCUCAUCAAACGCAUGUUUCAAGACGGCCAUCAGAUCGGAUCUCAUUCUUGGUCCCAUUUCGAUAUCGAUGCCCUGACCUCGGAAGAGCGGAAGACGGACCUGGCCAAGAAUGAGAGAGCCAUUGCCAACAUUCUCAACAAGUACCCAACUUACAUGAGACCACCAUACAUGAAAUGUACCGGUGAGACUGGCUGCUUGGCAGAUCUGAUGGACCGUGGCUAUCACGAUGUCGGGUACUCAGUGGACAGCACCGACUGGAGCCACCCAGAAGAUCUCGACGCAAUGAAGCAAGCAUUCGAUGAAGCUUUCAACCAGACUGCUCAAGACGGCAGAAUGCUCCUGAUCCAGCAUGACACCAUCCACAAAUCAGCCAUCGACCUCACCGAGCAUAUCCUGGACGCAGUCGACCAGAAAGGAUGGAAAGCCGUCACUGUCGGAGAAUGUCUCGAAGAUCCCGCGGAAAACUGGUACCGUACACCGAAAGAGGCCCGUCCGGCUUCCAUGGCCCUCGGUUCCUGUAUCGUCUCCCAGGAUGGCUACUGUGGGACGCUGGACUACUUCAAGGACAAGCCGGAAUGCUGGAAAAGCGCGCAGAAAUGCUUCGACGACGCAAAGAAGUGUUUCGACGACGGGAAGCGGGUCGAUAAGAGGCCGUGUCAAGACAUGGACAAUGUGUGCAGGCAGCUUAUGGACUACUGUACUAUGUGCGGAGCUACACUGGUAAGCUCGCCAGGUUGUCUUGCGUGCAAGCCCGGCUGGGAACUCAAGCUCCGCGGCAGGGAGGUUUCGUGUACCACCGAGGGCUUGUCGAUUGACAAUCCCAAGGCGUGA